AUGAGACACACCCAUCAAGCUACAGUGACUCUAGGACCACCACAAGCUACAGUGACUCCAGGACCACCACAAGCUACAGUGACUCCAGGACCACCACAAGCUACAGUGACUCCAGGACCACCACAAGCUACAGUGACUCCAGGACCACCACAAGCUGCAGUGACUCCAGGACCAACACAAGCUACAGUGACUCCAGGACCACCACAAGCUACAGUGACUCCAGGACCACCACAAGCUACAGUGACUCCAGGACCACCACAAGCUACAGUGACUCCAGGACCACCACAAGCUACAGUGACUCCAGGACCACCACAAGCUACAGUGACUCCAGGACCACCACAAGCUGCAGUGACUCCAGGACCACCACAAGCUACAGUGACUCCAGGACCACCACAAGCUGCAGUGACUCCAGGACCACCACAAGCUACAGUGACUCCAGGACCAACACAAGCUACAGUGACUCCAGGACCACCACAAGCUACAGUGACUCCAGGACCACCACAAGCUGCAGUGACUCCAGGACCAACACAAGCCAGGACCAACACCACAACAGUGACUCCAGGACCACCACAAGCUACAGUGACUCCAGGACCACCACAAGCUACAGUGACUCCAGGACCAACACAAGCUACAGUGACUCCAGGACCACCACAAGCUACAGUGACUCCAGGACCACCACAAGCUACAGUGACUCCAGGAGUGACUCAAGCUACAGUGACCAGGACCACCACAAGCUACAGUGACUCCAGGACCACCACAAGCUACAGUGACUCCAGGACCACCACAAGCUACAGUGACUCCAGGACCACCACAAGCUACAGUGACUCCAGGACCACCACAAGCUACAGUGACUCCAGGACCACCACAAGCUACAGUGACUCCAGGACCACCACAAGCUACAGUGACUCCAGGACCACACACAAGCUACAGUGA